CCCCCCCGCCGCCGUCUCCGAUCACCCGGAGAUCUGAAUCCCGCGGCGAUGAGCCAGCCCGCCUGCUGCGAAGCCCGCCCGCUCCCGGCGGAGCCUCCCUCUGGCGGCGCGGCCGGCGGAUCCGCGCCCGUCGGCGAGGGCGACCCCCGCGUCCCGCUCCUGAACCUGGCCACCGUCAGCAUAAAGAUGGACUCGGUGCAGCAGUUCCUGUCGCGGUCCCUCUGCAGCAACACGCUGCUGAGCAAGGACCAGAUGGACAUGGUCUCCUCGGAGAUCGUGUCGGCGAUCCACCAGAUCAUAGUCAACGGCGGCGCCCUGCUGGCCUGCUCCCAGAACCCUAGAUCGGAUCCCGAGCCGGGGACCUCGGAUCCGAAGCCGCCGGUCGGGAGCCCCGUGGGCCCCUCGACGGCGGCGAAGCUGCCGGAGGUCGAAUUGAAGGACGAGAAGGACGAGCUCGAGCCCGAUUGCGAGAUCGUGGAGCUCGACGCCGUCGAGCUCCUCGCCGAGCAUGUCCACUUCUGCGACAUUUGCGGGAAAGGGUUCAAGCGGGACGCGAACCUGAGGAUGCACAUGCGCGCGCACGGCAACCAGUUCAAGACGCCCGAGGCGCUGGCGAAGCCCGAGAAGUGCGUGGAAGAAGUCCCUCGGAAGACCCGGUUCUCUUGCCCCUUCGAGGGGUGUAACCGGAACAAAGGGCACAAGAAGUUCCGGGCCCUGAAAUCGGUGAUCUGCGUGAAGAACCACUUCAAGAGGAGCCACUGUCCGAAGAUGUACUCGUGCAACAGGUGCAACAAGAAGAGCUUCUCGGUGUUGGCCGACUUGAAGAGCCACCUGAAGCACUGCGGGGAGUCUAAGUGGAGGUGUUCCUGCGGGACCAGCUUCUCUAGGAAGGAUAAGUUGUUUGGACACAUGGCUCUGUUCGAGGGUCACAUGCCCGCGUUCGCCGCUGAUGAUGAGGAGAAGGCGUCUGGGGUUGUUGCUAUGAUGGAGGAUGAUGAAGAUGAGGAUGCCAAGGUCGAGGACGAGGAAUUGGCCUUGAAUUCGGUCGACAGUGGUUUCUUUGAGGGGUUGCUUGAUGGGUUUGGAUCGCUUGAUAGCUUCGCUUUUCAAGAUGUCUUGAAUGGGAUGGGCAAUGGUAUGCAGGGGUUUCCCGGGGUUUGACAUGAAUCUGGUGGAUGAAUUUGUGUUUCGGGGUGUUCUUGCCUUGUUGUACACUUCAUGUUUCUGUAAUAAUGUUUAGGAUGAUUCUGUCUCGGUUAUUGUGUUUAUUGUCGUUACUAUUAUUGAUCAUUGUAGCAUCUGUACUUCCUGGUCGUUUCUCAAUCUGCAAUAAAGUUUUCAUCUUUACUUA